AUGCUCUACAGCAAGGACGGGCGCCUGAUUUUUGCGUACGACGCGGAGCAGCUGUGGAUCGAGCCAUGGGCUCAAGAUGCAAUCCGGGUCAGGGCCACCAAAGCAAGCUCCAUGCCAAGUGAAGACUGGGCAUUGCUGGAGCCACCAAAGACAGACACCAGCGUCGAAGUCGGCGAGGAUACGGCAACGUUGACCAAUGGAGGUAUCAAAGCUGUGGUUACCAAGCGCGGCAAGCUGACGAUCUGGAACUCCAAGGGUGUCCUUCUACUCGAGGAAUAUGCGCGGAACCGCCGCGACGUGACGGAUCCGAAAUGCAGCUCCCUCGAAGUCGAGGCGCGCGAGUUCAAGCCGCUCGUCGGCGGCGACUACCACCUUACCGCUCGGUUCGAGAGCCUCGAUCCAAAGGAGAAGAUGUUCGGCAUGGGCCAGUACCAACAGCCAUACUUGGACAUCAAAGGUACCCAGCUAGAGCUUGCGCACCGAAACUCUCAAGCCAGCGUUCCGUUCACUGUGUCCUCGCGCGGCUAUGGGUUCCUGUGGAACAAUCCGUCGAUCGGAAACGCAAUCUUUGGCAAGAAUGUGAUGAGCUUCGAGGCGCGCUCUACCAAGGCUCUCGACUAUUGGGUUGUAGCGGGUGACACGCCGGCGCAGAUUGUCGAGACGUAUGCCGAAGUUACUGGGAAGGUGCCUAUGAUGCCGGAGUAUGGACUGGGAUUUUGGCAGUGUAAGUUGCGGUACCAGACACAAGACGAACUCUUAGAGGUGGCGCGCGAGUACAAGCGAAGGCAGCUGCCAAUUGACCUUAUUGUUGUGGAUUUCUUUCAUUGGAAGACCCAAGGCGACUGGAAGUUUGAUGAAGAAUAUUGGCCCGACCCCGAUGCAAUGGUGAAAGAGCUGCAAGAGAUGAACAUCGAACUCAUGGUAUCCGUCUGGCCAACGGUAGACAAGAGGUCAGGCAACUAUAGCGAGAUGCUUGAAAAGGGCUACCUCAUACGAACUGAGCGCGGUGUUCGUAUCGCCAUGACCUUCCAGGGUUCCACCGUCCACUUCGACCCCACGAAUCCGGGAUCACGGGAGUACGUGUGGGGCAAGGCGAAGGACAAUUACUAUUCCAAGGGAAUCAGAGUGUUUUGGCUGGAUGAGGCUGAGCCAGAGUACCGCGUGUACGACUUCGAGAAUUACCGAUACCACCUUGGGCCCAAUGUUGCCAUCGGCAACAUAUACCCUACAGAAUACGCACGCGCUUUCUACGAGGGCAUGGCCAGAGAAGGGCAGAAAAAUAUCGUCAACCUUGUGCGAUGCGCGUGGGCGGGUAGCCAGAAAUACGGUGCGCUCGUCUGGAGCGGCGACAUCGCGUCGUCGUGGUCGAGCUUCCGGGAUCAGUUGGCAGCAGGGCUGAACAUGGGAAUCUGUGGUCUGCCAUGGUGGACGACCGACAUAGGUGGCUUUCACGGUGGUGACCCGAACGACCCCAAGUUCCGCGAGCUAUUUGUUAGAUGGUUCCAAUGGGGUGCGUUUUGCCCCGUAAUGCGUCUGCACGGAGAUCGAGAGCCUAGACAGCCUCAACACGGCACCACAGGGGGAGCGACGUGUCGCAGUGGCGCGCCCAACGAAGUCUGGUCUUAUGGACCGGAGGUGUAUGAGAUUUGCAAGAAGUACCUGACCAUCCGCGAGAAAAUUCGCCCGUACACGCGACAGCUCAUGAAGGAGGCCCACGAGAAAGGGUCGCCGGUGAUGAGGACGCUCUUCUACGAAUUCCCGACGGAUUCGAGGUGCUGGGAGAUCGAAGAGGAAUACAUGUAUGGCAGCAAGUACCUCUGCUGUCCGGUGCUUGAAGAGGGGAAAAGGACGAUGAGCGUUUACCUGCCCAAGAUCCCUGGCGGCGGCAGAUGGAAGUCAUUCUGGGUGACGGACCAGGAAUGGGAUGGAGGAGCGACUGUGACGGUUGACUGUCCCUUGGGGCAAAUGCCCAUUUUUUACGCAAAAGAAGGCAAAAGUUACAUCUUACCCCCUAUGGAGCAUCACGCUUUCAACAGGCGGGAGCAUCUCACUCGACACAUGAGGAUACACACACGCGAGAAGCCUUACCAAUGCUCAUUUUGCGAAAAGACCUUCUCUCGCCUCGACGUCCUCAAUCGUCACACCAUUUCGCAUCAAGAUAGCGGCGACAGUUCGGUUGCGAAUGCUUCAUCGCGAGCAUGCAGGCAGUGUGCGGCCAGCCGCGUUCGAUGCCCCCGCGGUCAGCCGUGCAGGAGAUGCGCCGAACGCAUGCUGCCUUGCCGGUAUCCAGCGGCUGCUCCGAGAAAGAGUACUCGGAUGCAAAAUCUCCUCGACGCCCAGGGAAGCGAGCAAAGUCCAGAGAACGAGGCCCUCUUAGACCAAGCUGGAGCCCAUCAGCUUUCACCUUCUACGGAAAACCUCCCUGGUGAACCAAAUCCACCUUUACCAUGGAUUGGUCCCGUUGAUGGCAUUGGCACGCUCUACAAUAUCAACGGGGCCGACCAGUCUGGCAUAUGUGUAUCGGGCGUCAAUUGGAUGUCUCCCGGGUAUGAAUUGGCCGUUGAUUGGGAUGCGCUUUUGUCCGACUAUCCAGCCAACAAUAAUAUGCACUCCGAAACGCACAGUGGCAUUGGCGGGAGAGCACCCCAAGAAGAGGAGAUGCAAACGGACUCACACCCGGAAAAUAGGACAUCUCGCAGUGUCUUUGGAUCCACCAUAUCAUCUCACUCACCGGAAGGAAGAUACUACGUUGACGGCUCCGGCGCAAGAGCCUCUUUCGGAGGCAGAGCACACACUCAUUUAGCGCAGGUGCAGACUUAUGUGGCCCACUACUUCGACAAUUUUCAUCGUAUCUUUCCCUUUCUGCGUAUGGGUAUGGAUACGGACUCGAAAGCGGUGACGAAAGUAAUGAAAGUGACGAAAGCACCCCACAGCCGCGCCUGA